UUUGUAGCUUUUACUGGAAGUACUGGAUUCGAUUCCCAAGAGAACGUAAUGACUGCGCAUGCUCGCUGCAGUAACCUACAUUAAAGAGUCUCGGAAGGAGAGCAUCCAGCGGCGAUUGUUACAAAUAUCAUCGAUUGGUCGGCGAAACCCUGUCUAACCUUAGGUUGUCUACCUUCACUAUAUACAUAUAAAGAGGAGAAAAGGAUCUUCAUCAACAUCAUCAUGGCAUCCGGCGGGGGUUACGUGCAGACGGCGCUGCUGAUGCUGCUGAUGCUGCUCAGCCUCCAGCUGCUGUGUCUCGGUGCAGCAGAGGCAGAUCAAGAUUCUGGGACAGUCAUCCCUGCAGAAAGUCGCCCCUGUGUAGACUGUCAUGCCUUUGAGUUCAUGCAGAGGGCCCUGCAGGAUCUGAAGAAGACUGCCUUCAACCUGGAUGCUAGAACAGAGACUUUAGUGCUGAGAGCAGAGAGGAGGGCCCUCUGUGACUGUAUGUCCACCAGCUCACUGCGCUGAAGUCACCAUGACGACCACCUGAUGUCCAGACUACCAUGUCUGUAUCCCACUUUUGUCAUGUCUAGCCACUCACUCCUGAAGUCACCCACACCAUAGGCACUUUAUUUACUUUGUUGUUACGUUCAGAAACCAUCUAUAAGAAGUGGACAAUGAGGAAAACUACGCUUUAAUUAUGAAUGGUUGGUUUGAAUUGAUAAUUCAUCAAUAGAAUAUGAUGUCCACUUUGUAAAUUGUGAUCUUGUUUAAAGGUAAAUAGACAACUAGGUGCUAUGAAACACUUUGUGUUUUGUGUUUCAUAGCACCUAGAUGUGGCCCACAUCUGGUACAGAUGCAGCUCACUGAGUGUGAAUUGUUUUCACAUUUUUGAUGGACAAAAAGAAGUCACAAACAUUGACUACAUACUAUUAAUUCCAAUGCACCAUCUCUUGUUGUGCUUUAUUGUCUAUUUCCUCCUUAAUGGAAUUUUAACUAGCAAACUGACAUUGUGUUGCCUCCGUUUGUAGCUAGAAGGCCACUUGUUAUGUAUGAUCCCCUGUCACAUCACAUGUUUAUAUAUUUAAUUAUUAUACACACAUAUAAACAUGUUUUUCCAUAAUUAUUAUUAUACCACUGAUGUCUAAUGUGGUAAAAACACACACCAGAACAAAGUGGUUCAUCUGUCUCAUAAGACACAAACUUUUUUUUGUUUUUUAUUUGGUGUUUGACUAUACAAUGUAGACAGAUGGUAGAAUGCAUUGGUGCAUUUUCUCCUUGAAUGUUGUAUGAGAUUAACAUUUAACAGCAAUUAUAUAUAAAUAUAUGUCAGAACUGUAGCAUCACAUGGGAUUUACCUUCUGUAAUUAUAUGUGUUAUGAUAUGUAAUUAUUUAUACUUUUAGAAAUAAGUAAUUCCUACUGUUUAUUUGCAGCCUUGCUUUGUAACAAAAAGAGGGGAUGGGGGUACCAUACUGUAUAAAAAACAAUAGUUUGUCUUUGUAAUAUAACGUAUGUUAGGUGGUUGCAGGCAGAUUAAGGUGGGAAGUUAUUUUAGGGAUUCUCUUUGUACGUUUGGAUUUAGCACAGCACUGUAGCAUGAAUUCACAGCACUUUUCUGUUCACUAUGUAAUGCAGUAUAUGCUCCAGUGGUACAUACAGUAUGCAUGGUGUACACACUUAGUCCGAGGUGGCGACUGCAUCAGGGGACGUAGAGCUAGAAACUGUAACGUGUGUCUUUCUUGUUGCUCCUUCAGAUCAUACUGCACUCUACCUGUGCAGGCGAUGUCACAGGAACAUGCAUCUACAAUGUCUAAGUAUUGUCAAUAAAAAUCUAUAAAACACAAA